CCCCGCUUUUCUUUUUUUACUUUCACCUUUACUUUUAAUUAAAAUGUUGCGAUUGUCGGGUACAAUUAAACAAAAUGCCGUUACCAAUAGCGGCAUCACUAAGCGUCUUUUUAGCAACAUUCAAUGUUACGAUUCUUUAGUGCUCGGUGCUUACACCGAGAAUGGGACAGCUACUUUGACAGCUUCCAAAGAUAUCUCUAAAAAAGUUCAUAAUCUUAUUGAAGAACAUUUGCGUGUGUCUAAUUUCAAAAAGGCAGGCGAUGUUCGUACUUUAUACAAUAUUGGUGGUAUGAAACAGGUUGCGAUCGUGUCACUUGGUAAGAAGAGUGAAGUUCAGGAUACGCAGGAAGCAGCACGCAGAGCUACCGCACUUGGUUUGCAAGCUUUAAAACCUCAAGGAGCCAAACACAUCGGUAUUGAUAUAUCAUUAAAUGCCCAUGGUGCGGGUGAAGGUGCUGUGUUGUCACAAUUUUCUUUUGACAAACUGAAGUCAGAUGCAAAAGAGGAGGAUAUUGUUGUAGGACCAUUCUCUGAAACUGAGAACGGAGAAUUGGAUUGGGCUAACGGACAGAUUUACGGUGCCUCACAAAACGUGGCUCGUAUGCUCAUGACCUCACCUGCCAACUUGAUGACGCCCAAGUUAUUUGCCGAAGAAGUCGCUUAUUUAUUAGCCGGCUUAGAAAAUGUCGAGGUUAUUGUCAGAGAUGAAGAAUGGGCUGCAAGACACAAUAUGAAUGCAUUUCUAUCUGUCGCUAGAGGAAGUGUUGAACCUUUAAGAUUUAUGGAGAUUCAUUAUAAAGGCGGAAAGAAGGGCGAUAAACCUCAUGGUCUUGUCGGAAAAGGUGUUACCUUCGAUGCUGGAGGAAUUUCUUUAAAACCAUCCAACAAUAUGGCAUUAAUGAAAGGAGAUAUGGGUGGUGCUGCCACAGUUGCUGGUGCUCUUUACGGUAUCUGUAAGCUGCAAUUACCUAUCAACGUAAUUGCGGUAACUCCACUCUGUGAAAAUAUGCCUUCAGGCACAGCAACUAAGCCAGGAGAUGUUGUUAAGGCUAUGAACGGCAAAUCGAUCGAAGUAUUAGAUACUGAUGCAGAAGGCAGAAUGAUUUUAGCAGAUGCUUUAUAUUACGUCAGUUCUAAGCAUUCGCCUGCAAGUUUGAUUGAUCUCGCUACUUUAACUGGUGCAAUGGAUGUUGCACUCGGCGAUGUCUUUGCAGGUGUGUUUACUAACUCUGAUAAAUUAUGGAAUAACCUUGAAAAGGCCGGUAAAACCACAUCAGAUCCAUUCUGGAGAAUGCCUUUGAAUGAUGGCUAUUUGAAAGAGAUGAAGGAAUCUUCGGUUGCUGAUCUUAAUAAUUUGGGUAAGGGAAGAUCAGGUGGUGCAUGCUCAGCUGCUUCGUUCUUAAAGGAGUUUGUAUAUGGACUCGAUAAAAAGGAAGAGCAAGAAAAGAUUCCCUGGGCUCAUAUUGAUAUUGCUGGUGUGAUGGAUAGUCAAGGCACUGAUGGCUAUCACAUUAAGGGAAUGAGUGGUCGUCCUACUAGAUCCUUAAUAGAAUAUAUUCGUGGUCUUUCUUCCAAUUGAAAAUAACAAGGCCGUGUGUGUUACUUUGAGUCACGUGGUGUAUGACCUUGGGGUUUUUACGGCGAUGAUGAUGAGUGGGGGGGGG